AGUUGAUAUAAAUAUAAGGCGUAAGUCGAUUCGAUUUAAUUCAUCAUUAGUUUACUCAGAGUCAGUUUUUUGUCGUAAUAAGUUAAUAUUGAUAAAACAAAAAUGAAAUACUUCGCACUAGUUUUUGUAGGAUUACUUUUCACGUUUUCCACCGGUGUAUUAGGAGAACAAGAGGAUUGUCCGCUUAAAAAAGCUAUUCAAGCAAGUAUCGAAGCAUGCAAAGAUACACUUACAGACGAAAGUAUAAAUCUCUUGAAGGAGGAUGAGGGUGCUGAUAACGAGGAAAUACGAUGUUUCAAAGCUUGUAUAUUGAAAGACAGUGGAAUAAUGGAAGAUGGUAAAAUACAGGUGGAGAAAGUUAAAUCAGCACUCAAUGAAGCUGUUGAAAAAGCCGAAGAAAACAAGGAUAAGCUUGAAGAAAUGGUUAAAGCUAUAAUUGAAGCUACUGAAAUGUGUGCUGAAGAAGCUGGAAAAGCUGAAAAUGAAUGUGAAAAAGCACACCUGUUCAUCGCAUGCCUUAAGGAUGAUGAAAAUCAAGAAUAAAAUGG